GCCUGCUCGGGGCAGAGAGGUGGGACUCCCACCCUGAAUGGGACAGAAGCUUCUUCUGGGCACACUGGGAGAGGUGGACGGGGUCCAUCUGCAGUUUGCACGCCCCAAAAGCAGAUUGUGCGUGGUGAUCUCCAACUGAUGGCUCCAUUUGAGGGAACUCAGUGUGAAAGCCAUCACAGCAGUUGGAGCUCAGCCUCUGAGCGUGCUGCACUUGGGGAAAAACCUCAAAAUGCCCCCCAGCGUGGGGUCAGAGCGAGGGUGAAGCCCUUCUCCCACAUAGGAAGCCUGCUGUGGGAUGGGGUGCUCGUCUUUAGGGGAUCUUUGGUGGCUGUCCCGUAGCUGCAAUGACCGUGGCACAGUGGCACCGUGCUCGGGGCAGGGCGGCUGCUGGGGCCACGCUGUGCUUUGUGGUGGGGACAGCGUGGGGAUGAGGACAUGGAGUUGGUGGCUCCCAGCAGGCUGGGCCCCAUCAGUGUGGGGAUUUGGGGGAUUUUCAGCCCGGUUUGGUGAUGCUGUCCCACGUGGGGUUUGUGCUGGUGAUGCAUCGGCAUCUGACCCGCUCACAGCUGGAAAAUGAGGCCGGGCACCGGGAUCUGUGUCACUGGGUCUUGGCGUGGGGUGUCCCUGCUGCAGCCCAGGAAGGAGUGUGGGGCUGUGUGGGUGAAGCCCCCCCAUGGUGGCCCCAUUGUGUGAGGAGCAACGGGGGCACAUUGGGGAGCCCCCCCAGGGUUGCCCACACUGCAGCAACACGUGAGCUUUGGGGCCAGCAGCACUGGCUUUGGGGAACACGUGGUGCCAUAAUGCAUGGGUAGUGGUGGCUGCAUCUCCAUUUUGGGGUGAUGCCCAUCUCCAUGGUAACCCGAACCCCAUUUUGGGGUGAUGCUCUGUAUGAGUAACUCUGACCCCAUUUAGGGUGAUGCCCCAUUCCUAUGGUGACCCAAAGCUCACUUUCGGGGUGCUGCCCUGCCUCUACAUCAACCCGACCCCAUUUUGGGGUGCUGCCCCAUCUCCAUGGCAACCCUGACCCCAUUUGGUGGUGGUGAUGGGGGGUAACCGCCUCGUUUCUAUGGCGACACUACUCCCCCUCCCCCCCCUCUUCGAACCGCCGCCCGUUUCCACGGUAACCCCGGUGCGGCGGGGCGGGUCGGGCCGUGCUCGGCUCAGGAGGCGGCCCCGGUGCGGCCCCGCGCGCUCCCGGCUCCGCGAUGUCGGAUCCGAGCUGCUGGGGGGCGGCGGGCGGCGGCUGCCGGGGACAGAGAACGGCCGGGGCUUUGCUGCAGCGAUCCAAGAGCUGCCGAAGCAGCAACAGGAAGAGCCUGGUGGUGGGGACUCCAUCUCCAACCCUCUCGCGCCCUCUCUCCCCGCUCUCAGUGCCCACAGCUGGGAGCAGCCCCUUGGACAGCCCUCGCAACUUCUCCGCCAGCACCUCCAUCAACUUCCCCUUCGCCCGCAGCCACGCUCCUCGGACUGACAGGGCCGAUGGCAGAAGGUGGUCACUGGCUUCGCUCCCCUCAUCUGGCUAUGGGACCAACACCCCCAGCUCCACCGUCUCGUCGUCCUCGUCCUCCCAGGAGCGGCUGCACCAGCUGCCAUACCAGCCCACCCCCGAUGAGCUGCAUUUCCUCUCCAAACACUUCCGCAGCACUGAGAGCGUCACGGAUGAGGAGGGGCGGCACUCGCCCUGUCUGCGCCCACGAUCCCGGAGCCUGAGCCCUGGGCGGACGAGUGGAACAUUUGAUAACGAGGUCGUGAUGAUGAACCAUGUCUACAAGGAGCGGUUCCCCAAGGCUACAGCCCAGAUGGAGGAGCGUCUGCAGGACACGAUCAGGAACUUCUCUUCCAGCAGCACUCUGCCUCUGGCCGACGGGGUGCUGGGCUUCAUCCACCACCAGAUCAUCGAGCUGGCUCGCGACUGCUUGGCCAAAUCCCAGGGGGCCCUCAUCACUUCUCGCUACUUCAUGGAGCUGCAGGAGAAGCUCGAGAAGAUGCUGAGAGACGCUCAGGAGCGUUCAGAGAGUGAGGAAGUGAAGUUCAUUGACCAGCUGGUGAGGAAGCUGCUGAUAAUCAUCUCCCGUCCUGCUCGCCUUCUGGAGUGCCUGGAGUUUGACCCUGAGGAGUUCUACCAUCUCCUGGAAGCUGCUGAGGGCCACGCCAAAGUUGGUCAGGGCAUAAAGACCGACAUUCCCCGCUACAUCAUCAGCCAGCUGGGGCUCGUCAAGGACCCUCUGGAGGAGAUGGUCCAGCUGGACCACUUUGACAGUGGGAACACCAUCACCCCUGAGAACGACGAUGCCUGUGAGAGCCAGCAGUCGGUCAGUGCUCCUCGGAGGAAGCCCUGUGAGGGCGACUUUGAGACCAUCAAGCUGAUCAGCAACGGAGCCUAUGGGGCCGUGUACCUGGUGAGGCACAGGGAGACGCGGCAGCGCUUUGCCUUGAAGAAGAUCAACAAGCAGAACCUCAUCCUGCGCAACCAGAUCCAGCAGGUGUUUGUGGAGAGGGACAUCCUCACUUUCGCAGAGAACCCCUUUGUGGUCAGCAUGUUCUGCUCCUUCGAGACGAAGCGACACCUCUGUAUGGUGAUGGAAUAUGUGGAAGGUGGGGAUUGUGCCACAUUGCUGAAGAACAUGGGCCCGCUGCCCGUGGACAUGGCGAAGAUGUACUUUGCUGAGACUGUGCUGGCCCUGGAAUAUCUCCAUAACUACGGCAUUGUGCACCGCGACCUCAAACCUGACAACCUGCUCAUCACCUCCAUGGGCCACAUAAAGCUGACAGACUUUGGGCUGUCCAAGAUUGGCCUGAUGAAUAUGACCACCAACCUCUACGAGGGGCACAUGGAGAAGGACACCAGGGAGUUCAUGGACAAGCAGGUGUGCGGCACCCCAGAGUACAUCGCGCCCGAAGUCAUCCUCAUCCAGGGCUACGGGAAGCCUGUCGACUGGUGGGCCAUGGGCAUCAUCCUCUAUGAGUUCCUUGUGGGCUGUGUCCCCUUCUUUGGGGACACCCCCGAGGAGCUCUUCGGGCAGGUGAUCAGCGAUGAAAUCAUGUGGCCAGAGGGCGAUGAGGCUCUUCCUGCUGAUGCUCAGGACCUGAUCACACGGCUGCUGAGGCAGUGCCCGCUCGAGCGCCUGGGCACCGGGGGUGCACACGAGGUGAAGCACCAUGCCUUCUUCCUCCACCUGGACUGGAAUGGGCUUCUGCGGCAGAAAGCGGAGUUCAUCCCACAGCUGGAGUCAGAGGACGACACCAGCUACUUCGACACUCGAUCCGAGAGGUACCGGCACUUGGAUUCGGAAGACGAAGAGACCAACGAUGAGGAAUCAUCUGUGGAGAUUGGCCAGUUCUCCUCCUGCUCCCACCGCUUCAGCAAGGUGUACAGCAGCUCCGAGUACCUGGCCACGCACUCCAACCUCAGCCUCUCAUCCUCUGACCGGAGCCACAGCGAGGACAAGGAGGACAGGGCAGAGCGGUGGGACCGCCACUCGGGUGACGAGGACAAGAACCGGCCAUCGGGCACAGAGCCCCGGCUGCGGUCCUGGACAUCCUGCAGCUCCACACCGUACACUGCCCAGCACGAGCGCAGCCGCAGCCCUGCUGCCCUGACCAGCACCUACAGCCUGGACACCAUGCCCAAGUUUGCCUUCUCCUCAGAAGAUGAAAGCCCUUGUGUGGCCUCAGCCAAGCCGGAGAGACCCAAAUUUGUGCUGGGAGACCCUGACUCUGGAGUGAAGACCUCAUCGCUCUCUGCUGAUCUCGUCAGUCUGAACCGCAUCCGCCUGCGGAGCAACAGCACAGGCACCAAGAACUCAGCUCCACGAGGCUUGGAGCCAGGCAGCAGCCGCCGGCUGAGCAGCCAGAGGGAUGGCGUGGAGAAGCCAAGAGCUUCACCGGGCAGCCGAGUGCCCAAAUCCGCUUCUGUCUCAGCCUUGUCCCUCAUCAUCACAUCAGAUGACUUCAGCAGCGGGGCCCUCAUGAGCCCCAUCUCCCCUCACUCUCUUUCAUCCAACCCCUCUUCCCGCGACUCGUCCCCGAGCCGGGAUUCCUCCCUGGCCAUCACCAGCCUGAGGCCCCCCAUCAUCAUCCACAGCUCAGGCAAGAAGUACGGCUUCACGCUGCGUGCCAUCCGUGUGUACAUGGGGGACAGUGAUGUCUACACUGUGCACCACAUGGUCUGGAGCGUGGAAGAAGGGAGCCCUGCACAGGAAGCAGGGCUGAGAGCGGGUGAUCUCAUCACACAUGUGAAUGGGGAGUCAGUGCUGGGCCUGGUGCACCGGGACGUCGUGGAGCUGCUGCUGAAGAGCGGCAAUAAGGUCGCCCUGCGGACCACCGCCCUGGAGAACACCUCCAUUAAAAUUGGCCCUGCCCGGAAAAACAGCUCCAAGACAAGGAUGGCCCGAAGGAGCAAGAAGAGCAGGAAAAGGGACAGCCAGGACAGGAGGAAAUCCCUUUUCAAGAAGAUCUCCAAGCAGUCAACGGUCCUGCACACCAGCCGCAGCUUCUCCUCCGGCCUCCACCACUCGCUGUCAUCGAGUGAGAGUCUCCCAGAGUCCCCUACGCACAGCCUGUCACCAGGUCCCACGACGCCCUGCCGCAGCCCCGCUCCAGACCUGCCCCCAGAUGCGGUGUCCCCACAGAGCACCUCUCCCUCCUCCAGCACCCCCACGUCUCCAGCUGGCCACGUGCGGCCCAGCACCCUGCACGGGCUGGCCCCCAAGCUGGGCGGUCAGCGCUACAAGGUGGGACGCCGCAAGUCCACCAGCAGCAUCCCGCCCUCACCCCUGGCCUGCACACCUACCUGUGCCCCGCGACCCACGUCCCCGCAGAGAUCCCCAUCCCCGCUGCUGCCCGGACACCCCAAAACCACCCAUCCCUUCCAAGGCAAGACGCUGUCCCCCCCCACCAUUGUGCGGCAGGGGCCGCGGCCACGCAGCGCCGAGUGCCCCCGCUCACCCCUCCUCAAGCGCGUGCAGUCAGCAGAGAAGAUGGCAACCUACCUGGCGGAGAAGAAGAGCGUGGGCAGCCGCAAGCUGGGACCGGAGAUGCCUGCACGGGAUGGGACUGGGGAGGUGUUUGGGGAGGGCGAAGCGCCCGGCUCGGUGCACUGCGGGGAGCACGGCCAUAUGGCAGCCUGGAGGCAGGGAGAGCAGGAGAUGGUGGUGAUGCGGCGCCUGAACCUCUCUGAGCGCCGCGACUCCUUCAAGAAGCAGGAGGCUGUACAAGAAGUCAGCUUCGAUGAGCCAGGCAGUGAGGACGGUGCCAAGAGCGACACAGGGCAGGGCCAGGGCUGCGUGGAGCCCAGGGUCGGCCGGGUGCCGCAGAUCGCAGUGCAGGGCUCAGAGGGCGACGAGCAGGAGCCGGUGGGCUGGCAGUGCCAGGGCUCCUACCCGCUGCACCUGCUGGGCACCGAUGGCACUGCUGGCAUCGCUGUGCCGUGGCGGGACGGCCGCCGGCAGCACCGGACCUGUGGGGACAGGGCCCCCCCGGGGCUGUCAGCACGGGACAUCCCCUAAAAGCCAGCCUGGGCACACGUGGCUCCGUGGGAUUUAACGCACUGCGACCUGGAGAUGUGACUUCCGUGCUCCCGGAGAGAUGCUCACGUUUUUGCAGUGGUGUUCCCCUGGUGAGGCCCACGCUGAAAAGAAAGGACUCGAUGCAAAUACUCUGAACUACUCCAAACUAAUUUAUUACUUUUAUAAGCUAAAAGGCAUUGCAGGGUCCGAGCCAUCCCAACCUUUUCUGUGCAUUUCCCAGCUCCUGUCCCAAUGGCACGAUGUUUUCUAACCAGCUUUUUUCCACAUUUGCUCACUUUCAGCUGGAAAAGCACCCAAAAGGGUGUUUUUUGCACCCAUAAGGCGGUUUUCUGGAUAGCACUGAAGCUGAGGGUUCCCCUCUGUAGACAGGGGGUUGGACUACAUGAUCUCAGUGGUCUUUUCCAACCUUUAUGAUUCUAUGAUUUGCAUUCAGGAUCGCCUCCAUCCCCAUAAAUCCCCCUGGUGCCUCCCUACUCUGGAGGAAAAUGCUCCAAACCCCAGCAUCCCGGUGGGCAACACGGCAGGGCCACACGCUUUGUUUUAUUAACAUGCAGAAGAUGGAGAGGUUUAAAUUUUUUUAAUUACGAUUCCUUCUGAGAAAGACCCAAACCACUGAGCCCACUCUAUUGGUGUUCCCGAGUGGGAUUGGGCUGGGGAGGAGAAGCUCACCCAGCCCCACCAUGCUGGGGGCUCAGCAAUGUAACACAAAUAAUGGCAUUUUUAGGUUUACUUUUCGAUCAGCUGUAUCUUUGGGCAUGCGCAGGUGCAUUUUGUGAAAAACCACUAUUCCCUUUUUUUUUUUUAAACAAAAACCCCACACCAACCCCCCCCAGUUCUUCCAUCAACCACCAAACCCCACAAACCCCAUUCCUGGCAGGAUUUUGGUGGCUCAUUUCUGACUGGAUUUGCUGGGCCCAUUCCCAACUGGAUUCUCAGCACACGUGAGGCCUUUCCCACAGCAUUCCCGCUCAUUUUACCUCACGAUGCUCCGCUUUGGCCUCGCAAAGGGUUUUUUAACAGAAAAAGCGGUGAAAGCAAACAGGGCCUUGCCUUGGGAAGGGCCGAGCACCGGCCUUGCUGUUAGCAUUGCGGAGUUUUACGCGGCAUUAAAUUGUUCCUUGGGACUUGUUGUGGCCUGCGGCCUUCUGCAGAAAUGGCUGG